CGUCUUGCAUCCGAUCUAUCUCGGAGUCAAACAGUUAUCUUUUAUUUUUUGAAAGAAGCCAUCAAGUUCGAGAAUCACUGGUUGAAAAAAUUGCAUAAAAUUGACCCGUCGUCGACCAUUUCUAUUCAGCCUUUUUGUCUUAUCACACUUGGAGCGGUCGUCAGAAAAGAAAAUUAUAAAAAACACACCGGAAAAUGAGAAAAGAUUGAAUCUUUGGGUCGGAGAUAUGGAGAGCAAAAAUAACAAAAGAAGCGAAAUCGGCAAACCGAUGAUUGGAUUGAUCUGUGGUAGUUUGGUUUAUUACCACUGUGCCUAUCGGAAUGCCAGCCUUCUGUCUUUGGUUUCCGAUGUACUCAUCGUCCUCCUCUGCUCCCUUGCCAUUCUCGGCCUUCUCUUCCGCCAGAUGAACAUCUCGGUACCUGUGGAUCCACUCGAGUGGCAGAUCUCUCAGGACACUGCUAAUAGCAUCGUAGCAUGGUUUGCUAAUACAAUAGGAGCAGCUGAGUCUGUUCUGAGGGUGGCAGCAACUGGGCAUGACAAGAGGCUAUUCUUCAAGGUUGUCAUUUGUCUUUACGUUCUGUCAGUUUUGGGACGAUUGGUCUCGGGUUUUACAGUUGCUUAUGCUGCAUUAUGCUUGUUCUGUCUUUACAUGGUUACUGAAAACUCACAAUCAAGCAGCACCUCUAUCUCAAGGUUUCUAAGACGGGGUAACAGCACUUCUUUAGAGUUAGAUAGCAUGUAGUUUGUAAGUCACAAGUGUUGCAAGACAUUUCUUGUGUUCCUUAAUUUCAGCACAAAUAGGUGCAAGUCUGCAACUACUUAGAAUUGUUGUAAAUAGAAUCAUUGUAUUUUUACCCUUCUGCAAGGAAUUAUUUAAAAUUUUGAAGUAGUAGAUGAGGAAAUGAUUGGCAACUUCA